UUUUAGCUUUUUGUGGCAAAAGAAUUUACCCGAACGAACAACAUCGCCUUUGACGCCCCCUCUUCCUCCCUCUGCAGUUUUGAUUGUGUAUGUAUAGAAUCUUUCAGUUGUAUAAUCGGAGUAGUGGUUCGUUAUGAACUAUAUAGAGAGUUUCCCUUUUUAGUUGCAGGUUGCUGUAUGAUCGAACAAAAGUAUACCUUCAACUUUCCUUGUUAGGUCAAAUUCAAUUCUAGCCACAGAAGCAGGAGCGAUGAAGCUAUUGUGUUGGUUGUUAUUGACCCUUUUCUCACUAGUAGUAUUAGGGGAAUCCACCACACACUUGAUUGGUCUUGGAAGCUAUGACAUCACUGGACCUGCUGCAGAUGUCAAUAUGAUGGGAUAUGCUAACAUGGAACAAACCACCUCCGGUAUUCAUUUCCGAUUGAGAGCCCGCUCAUUCAUCGUCGCAGACCCUCAAGGGAAAUCCCUAGUGUUUGUCAAUCUUGAUGCCUGUAUGGCUUCACAGAUUGUUACAAUUAAAGUCAUAGAACGCUUGAAGGCAAGGUACGGCCACCUAUACACUGAAAAGAAUGUAGCCAUCAGCGGGAUUCACACACAUGCUGGACCCGGAGGAUAUCUUCAGUAUGUUGUAUAUAUUAUAACAUCUCUUGGUUUCGUACGCCAAUCCUUCGAUGUACUUGUGGAUGGCAUUGAGAAAAGCAUCAUCCAAGCUCACCAGAAUCUUCGUCCUGGUUCUGUCUUUAUAAAUACAGGAGAGGUCCUAGAUGCUAGUAUAAACCGUAGCCCCAGUGCGUAUCUGAAUAAUCCAGAAGAAGAAAGAAGAAAGUAUGAAUAUGAUACUGAUAAAGAGAUGACACUCUUGAAGUUUGUAGAUGACGAGUGGGGUCCAGUGGGAAGCUUUAAUUGGUUUGCCACUCACGGAACAUCUAUGAGCCGUACAAAUUCGCUCAUUAGUGGGGACAACAAAGGUGCAGCUGCACGAUUUAUGGAGGAUUGGUAUAGUAAAGGAUUUGAAAGCCAUUCAGUUAUCAAAUCUGGAGCCGGUUAUUAUAAACGUCCCCCUCGAAGAAUCUCCAACAUAAUUCAUCCAGGCUUUCAUGAACACCGUAAAGAGUUGAUGGAAAUUGCUUCUACAAUCAAGUCGUCUCCAGGAAGAAAUGUUACACGUGUUGCAAAACGAGUGAGGAGGCAGGAGGAAGCUGAAAGGCCUCAAUUCGUCUCUGCGUUUUGUCAGUCAAAUUGCGGCGACGUAAGCCCGAAUGUGCUGGGAGCAUUUUGCAUAGACACUGGAUUACCCUGUGAUUUCAAUCACAGUACAUGCAACGGUAAAAAUGAACUCUGCUAUGGACGCGGCCCGGGUUACCCAGAUGAAUUUGAGAGUACACGUAUCAUUGGUGAAAGGCAAUUUAGAAAAGCGGUGGAACUGUUCCAAAAUGCAUCUGAGCAACUGAAAGGGAACGUUAGGUACCGGCACACGUAUAUUGAUUUCUCUCACCUUUCGGUCCAAUUGCCACACGUUGGAGAGUCUGUCACAACAUGCCCUGCUGCAAUGGGCUUUGCUUUUGCUGCUGGAACCACUGACGGGCCCGGAGCGUUUGACUUCAAACAGGGAGAUGACCAGGGAAAUGCCUUUUGGAAGCUUGUAGGAGGCUUAAUGAAAAAUCCAGAUGAGGAGCAGAUCAAUUGUCAGGAUCCAAAACCCAUUCUCAUCGACACUGGCGAAAUGCAUGAACCUUAUGACUGGGCGCCGUCCAUACUUCCACUUCAGAUUUUUCAAAUCGGACAGCUUGUUAUUCUCAAUGUUCCCGGAGAAUUCACGACUAUGGCAGGGAGGCGCCUUCGUGAGGCUGUUAGGGAAGUUAUGACAUCUGGAGACAAAGAUAGCAUCAGCGAUGUCCAUAUUGUGAUUGCCGGACUUAGUAAUGCGUAUUCUCAGUAUGUCACUACGUUUGAGGAAUAUCAGAUUCAGAGAUAUGAGGGAGCUUCGACUCUCUAUGGUCCACAUACCCUGAAUGCAUACAUUCAAGAAUUUAAGAAAUUAGCAUCGGCUCUCAUCAACGACCAACCAGUCGAAGCGGGCCCACAACCACCUGACCUACUCGAGAAGCAAAUCAGCCUCCUGACUCCCGUUGUCAUGGACGCAACGCCGCUUGGUUCGAGCUUUGGCGAUUGUAAGUCAGAUGUUCCUCCUGACUCGACAUUCAAACAGGGUGAUGUUGUUACAGUCACGUUCUGGUCAGCCUGCCCGAGAAAUGAUCUUAUGACCGAAGGCACGUAUGCGCUGGUGGAGAUUUUUGUUCAAUCCACAAACGAAUGGGAACCAGCUUAUGACGAUGAUGACUGGUGCCUAAAAUUCAAGUGGUCGAGGCCUUCAAAGCUGAGUACCCGAAGCUAUGCUAGUAUAGAGUGGCAGAUACCUGAUGAGGCUGUUUCAGGUGUUUACAGAAUAACGCAUUUUGGUGCAUCAAAAUCGCUUUUUGGUUCAGCAAAGCAUUUCACUGGCUCUUCUUCUGCAUUUGCUGUAACAUAAGAAAUGAGCUAUGGAUGCAAACCACGGUUGAUGUACAUGUAAAUGAUAAGAAGCAUGUAGAUUCUGCAAAUGCCUUUAGUAUGUGUUGUGUUGCUUGACAAAUUAAUUUCACCGAAUACUUCUCUUUGCCUACCAAGAUUAAAGAGUUGAAGGUCACUUCAUUAUAUGGUAA